CUAAAUUCUAACAAUAUGUUCAUCAUGCAUCUGUAUCUCACGUGAUUGGUCACGUGGAAGACAGAUCAUCUCAUCUAAUUUUUUCACGACUACUCUAUUACCACCACAAUGUCAGAAUCCGUAGCGAAGGUCAAUGCGUUGGUGCUUGAUGCCACCCCGCUCAUCACCCAGUCAGCUUCGGCUAUCCAGCAGUUUGCUGAAAAGUUUUACACCACUCCUGGUGUCCACAGCGAAUUGAGAGAUGAGCACUCCAGAAAUCAGCUUCUCUUAUGGGCUGACAAGUUGCAAGUUAGACAGCCCAAGCCAGAGUCCAUUCAAAAAGUGUCCCAUUUUUCCAGACUCACUGGUGACUAUGCAGUGUUGUCCUUGAACGAUAUCCACAUAAUAGCUUUGGCCUACGAAUUGGAAUUGGAAGCCAAUGGAAACGGAAAGUUGAGAGAAUACCCUGGUGAAAAGAAGGAAGGAGAUGAAGAAGCCACCACCAAGCCUGCGUACCAGAGAAAAGAAUACAAGCCUAGAGAGCCAGAGCCAGAGGAAGAACCCCAAUCGGUUGAAGAGGACGACGGAUUUGUAGUUGUCAAGAAACCACAGAAGAACAACUGGAAGAGAAAGGGAAAGUUCCAAGCUAAACCCCAAGAGGCUGCACCAGAGCCAGUACCAGAGCCAGUACAGGAGCCAACACAAGAGUCGGAGCCUGUGGCGGUAGAGACAGUCGAGGAGGCGGUCCAGCAAGAACAAACCCAGCAAGAGGUGUCACAAUUGGAAUCAGGGCUCGAGCAGGCUUCGCUUGAAGAAAAGGCAUCGGACGUGUUGAACGAAGAGUACGAAGACGACGACGACGACGGGGACUGGAUCACGCCUCAGAACUUCAAGGAGGAAAUGUUGAAGGACUCCAACGAACGAGUCCAGGAAAUCGCCGAUUCGGCUUCUCUCCAGGUGGCAUUGUCUACGGGAGAUUUUGCAUGUCAGAACGUGGCCAUGCAGCUUGGCCUCAGUUUGAUGAACUCGUUGUCUGGAAGAGAGAUCAGAAGAGUCAGAAACUACAUGUUCAGAUGCCACGCAUGUUUCCGGUUGACCCCGAUCCCUAAAGACGGAAAACCAAAGCAUUUCUGCCCCAAGUGCGGAGGCAACACCUUGAUCAGAUGUGCUGUGUCCAUCGAGAGCACCACGGGGAAGAUCACCCCUCACUUGAGGGCCAACUUCCAGUGGCGUAAGAGAGGUGACAUCUACAGUAUCGCGUCUCCAUUGAGUAAGAAUCACACCAGGCGUCAAGGAAGAGCUGGAUACCAGCAAAACAAGGAGAACCGCCACAAGUCGUUGCAGAACCCCAUCAUCUUGAGAGAGGACCAGAAGGAGUACCAGCAGGCCAUCAAAGACAGCGAGUGGCAGCGGAGACAGAACGAGAAGAUCAUGGAGCAGUGGAUUGGAGGCGGCAGUGCCGACAACUUCGUGUCUCCGUUCAUGAUGAACGUGAAGAGCUCGAGUGUGAAGGUGGGCCGGGGACGGAACGCAAAUGCUUCCAAGAAGAGAAAGUAGGGUAGCAGAUAGAGAUCGAGAGUGGUGAAUAGUGAGUAGGCCAUAAUAAUAGAAAGUGCAUCAGAGAAAGUAAUGGUGAGUAGGCUAUAAUAAUCGAAAGAGGAGGGUAUACUUUUUAACGAAGCCCAGCGUAUCGUAGAUGAGUGAGUGGGCAAGAAUAAUAAUAAUAAUUAG